AUGUUGACACCAUCUCCUUUAGUGCCUUUAUCUAAUGCAGUGGGCCUGAAUGUGUGGUAUCCAGAAAUUCAUCAUGCUGAUGAUAACUUUGGAUUCGAUAUCCAGUACCAGUUGACAACUUCUGUUCAGAAGUUCUGGGCAAUAUCUUCAUUAUUCCAUGAGAAAGAAAGGCUGCUAUAUCAGCCUUUGAAUGGAGAAAGAGAUUGGCAGCUCUCUAAAGGAAUAAAAUUCCCAGAAUGUGGCUUCUAUGGAAUGUAUGAUAAAAUCCUUCUCUUUCGCCAUGAUACGAGCACUGAAAACAUUCUCCUGUUGGUGAAAUCAGCAACAGAUAUCCAAGAGGGAGACCUUGUAGAAGUUGUACUGUCAGCUUCUGCGACAUUUGAAGAUUUUCAGAUUAGACCACAUGCAUUAUUUGUGCACUCAUACAGAGCCCCAACAUUCUGUGACCACUGCGGGGAAAUGCUUUGGGGGCUUAUGCGGCAAGGACUUAAAUGUGAAGGAUGUGGGAUGAACUAUCACAAGAGAUGUGCAUUUAAGAUCCCCAACAACUGCAGUGGAAUACGGAAGAGGAGACUUUCCAAUGUUUCCUUAACAGGACUGAGUACCACUCGAUCAGUUUCAGCUGAACCACUAUCUUGCAGUUCUGAAGAAGCACUUCUGUCUCCCAAAAGUCCUGGGCCUGAGCAGAAGACAUCAUCUGAUCUAUUUACUGGAAGAGAAAGGAGGUCAAACUCUCAGUCUUAUAUUGGACGUCCAAUUGAACUAGACAAGAUUUUGCUUUCAAAAGUUAAAUUGCCACAUACCUUUGUGAUUCACUCCUAUACUCGUCCAACUCUGUGUCAGUACUGCAAGAAACUUCUUAAGGGUCUGUUUCGACAAGGCUUGCAAUGCAAAGACUGCAAACUCAACUGUCACAAGCGCUGUGCUCCCAGAGUACCGAACAACUGCCUUGGCGAAGUGGCUAUUAAUGGAGACCUCCUUAGUCCAGGACCAGAUGCCGAUGUUGUCAUGGAAGAAGGAAGUGAUGAUAAUGACAGUGAGAGGAACAGUGGCCUUAUUGAGGACAUGGAGGACCCUUUGGCGCAUGAAACUGAUAUUUCAAUGACAGGAAACCAUGGUGAAACUGGGGACAUACAGGACCAUGAUGUGGACCAUGAUGAUGCCAACAGAAUGAUAAGUCCUUCAACGAGUAAUAAUAUCCCGCUGAUGAGGGUGGUGCAGUCGGUGAAACAAACUAAAAGAAAAAGCAGCAGUAUAACAAAAGAAGGAUGGAUGGUACAUUAUACAAGCAACGACACACUGAGAAAGAGACACUAUUGGAGGCUGGAUAGCAAAUGUGUAACUCUUUUCCAGAGUGAAACAGGAAGCAAAUAUUAUAAGGAAAUUCCAUUAUCAGAAAUCUUAGCUCUGGAGCCUGCAAGCAACUUGUCCUUAUUGCCACCUGGAGCUAAUCCUCACUGUUUUGAAAUCACUACAGCAGAUAUUGUGUAUUACGUUGGAGAAAAUGUGACAGAUAUUUCAAGUUUCUCAGUACAGAAUAAUGCCCUCUGCAGUGGUACUGGUUUGGAUGUUGGAAGAAUGUGGGAGAUGGCAAUAAAGCAUGCACUGAUGCCCGUUAAUCCAAAAGGAUUAUGCCGCAGUUCUGGAAAUCAGGACCACAGAGAAGUUUCAGUUAGUAUUUCAGUAUCAAACUGCCAAAUUCAGGAAAAUGUGGAUAUCAGUACAGUAUAUCAGAUAUUCCCUGAUGAAGUAUUAGGAUCUGGACAGUUUGGAAUUGUUUAUGGUGGAAAGCAUCGCAAGACCGGAAGAGAUGUCGCCAUCAAAAUAAUUGACAAGCUCAGGUUUCCAACAAAGCAGGAAAGCCAGCUUCGAAAUGAAGUUGCAAUUUUGCAGAACCUUCGUAAUGCUGGUGUGGUAAACCUUGAGUGUAUGUUUGAAACUUCAGAGAGAGUGUUUGUUGUAAUGGAGAAACUUCAUGGCGAUAUGUUGGAGAUGAUUUUGUCAAGUGAAAAAGGACGACUGCCGGAACGCUUAACAAAGUUUCUAAUUACUCAGAUUCUUGUUGCUUUGAGGCAUCUUCACUUCAAAAAUAUUGUACACUGUGACCUCAAACCUGAAAAUGUGUUACUGGCAUCUGCGGAUCCUUUUCCUCAGGUAAAGCUGUGUGAUUUUGGAUUUGCACGGAUUAUAGGUGAGAAAUCCUUUAGGCGAUCAGUUGUAGGCACACCAGCAUACCUGGCACCAGAGGUUCUCAGAAACAAGGGCUACAACAGAUCCUUAGACAUGUGGUCAGUUGGGGUAAUUAUUUAUGUUAGCCUCAGCGGCACAUUCCCUUUCAAUGAAGAUGAAGAUAUUCAUGACCAGAUCCAGAAUGCUGCAUUUAUGUACCCACCUAACCCCUGGAAAGAAAUCUCUCCUGAAGCAAUCGACCUCAUAAAUAACUUGCUUCAGGUGAAAAUGAGAAAACGAUACAGUGUUGACAAAUCCUUAAGCCAUCCAUGGUUACAGGACUACCAAACAUGGUUGGAUCUACGAGAUCUUGAAUGUAAAACAGGAGAUCGAUACAUCACACAUGAAAGUGAUGAUGCACGAUGGCAGGAGUAUGCCAAACAUCACAAUAAGCAGUACCCAGCAAACCUCAUUAGUCAAAGCGUUGACUGUCGAGAAACUGCAGAAUCAGAUGAUGCAGAUAUGAAUGUUCUCAGUGAUGGUGUCAGCUUUCUGUGAAUGACAUGUUUGCACCAGCAUUUGAAACUUACUUUCAGUUUACAUUGUUUAUCGACAUUUCCUUGUUGGUGCUGGAAAUGGUUGAUAAUCACCGUGAUCAACUGCUCACCAAUUAUUGAAGUCCCUGAAUGGGCAGACUUUCGAUGUACCCAUCUGUACUAACCUGACCUGUGCUGAUCAAUCAUUUUCUAAAUUGUAGGUCUUGAUUUGGAGACAUCUGCUUUGAAGUGCAAGUUCUACAGGGUAAAAAAAGCAAAACUCAUGAUUUGCCAGGACACCCUUUAAAAUAUAAUAAGAAGAUGGAUUUUCAGAAACAACAAACCACAGUGAAACUAAGCAAAGCCUAUUACAUAAGGAAGGGUAUGGGUUAAAGGUCAUGAACAUGUAAUAGUUAAUGUUUGAGUGCAUACUGAAGAGCAAUCAUCAGACAAGCAUCACAAAUACAGAGUGGCUAGGAUUGUGGUUGCUGCACUAAAAUAUUUAGGAAUGUACAUUUGAUAGGGAUGUGGGAAACAUGUAGAUAAAGAAAUGGAAGUAGUGUCACCAAAAGUGUGUCAUGAAGAGUGGUGCAUUAGUGCCAAGACAGAUAACCAUGAUAUUAACACCAUGAAAUACAUAUACAUGGUGAAGGAAAACCCUAAGAAUUUCAAUAAUGCUAGCUGUACUGGCAAAAGUUGUGUCCAUUCAGCUGUGGUUGCCCUCCUCCCGAACAAUGUUAGUGAAGAUCAUCGGGAAAAGAACACUUACUCAUACAAUGGAUUAGUCAAUAUGCACUAAUAGAGUCCCACUCAGUGAUGUUCUAUUAUAAUUACUACUGCAGAUGGCUGAGUGCACUGGUCACUAAGCAGUUUCUACAUUUUUUAUAGCUAAUCAGGAUGUGAGAGCAUGGAGUACACGGUACAGAUGGUGUAAUAUAGUGCCCUGUUUCUCUGUCUCUGUGUGAUCUCACACUUAAUAUCUAUUUAUCUAUCUAUCUAUCUAUCUAUCUAUCUAUCUAUCUAUCUAUCUAUCUAUAUCUAUCCAUCUAUCUAUCCAUAUUUCCAUCUAUCUAUCUAUCUAUCUAUCUAUCUAUCUAUCUAGGUAUCAGGUAGUGUGGGAUACUACAACCCCUUCAAAAAGAGGUGUGCUGAAAGGCUUGCCAUCUCCUCUUUGCUAUGUUUUAAUGUUGUAGCUGUAGUUCGCUGCUUGCAUUUUAUAACAUGCAUAGCCCUUGUUACCAGGUGGUUUCAGUGGGUAUGAUGAUUUAUUUAUUAUUCAGAGUCAAAGAGUUUGAUAUGUGUGUGGUUGUUUAAUUAAUGUGUUGUGAUGUCUGGAGACUUGGCAUGCAUUCCUUCGGUAAAAAGUCCUAGCUAUGAUACACAUGUGUACCUGAAAGCAGACUGUACAGAUCUAUCCAGUUGGUAACAUAUAGCUGCAACAAUGUCUAGUGUCUUAUAAGUAUGUAAUGUAGCUUAGUAGAGUAAAAUGGUUCCACUCAUACUGUCCCCAUUUCUUUCUUUUGUGUAUGUGUGUGUGUGUGUGUGUGUGUGUGUGUGUGUGUGUGUGUGUGUGUGUGUGUGUGUGUGUGUGCCAUUUUUGAUGUUUCUGCCAAAUGGCUGUCUAGACUCUUCCAUUAAUCCUUUAAUACACUUCCUGUUUUACCUCUGUUGGUCUGAUGUGACACACUGCAGUUGAUUGGUUGUUACCUAGGCAACCAUGAGGAGUACAUAACUUUUUCUCUUGGCUUUCAGUGUUCUCUUAUGGCCAGCUCUACACCUUCCUCCUUUAGUGGUAACCCUAAAGGAUGUGCACAUUUCUGUACAUGGUCCCCAUGCUGCCAAAAAUGUGUCACUACACUGCUUAGCAGCUAUCUCCCUGUUUAUAUGUGCUCGUUGUGCCCCAAAUCUGUCCUUGAUGUUAUCAUAAUAGUGAUCCAGGCUGGUGAUACUUUCCCACAGGAUGGCCACAUCUGCAUAGAGGCCACUUACUUCCUUCCUUCUUAAUCUCACAUAAACUUUGCUGAUUGCUGUUCAGACAGCAGAUAUGUGGUCAUGUGUUGGUAUCAAUGCAGACAAAUGAGUUAUCCAUUUACAUACUACUAGGACUACAAUAGGUGUGUGUUGCUUUGGCACACUUUAGUUGCAAAGUUACAUUCCAUUCUGAUGAACCUCAUUACCUGUGUAUUGGGCAACUCAACAAAACAGCUCUGUUUGUCUGAACAUCAUGCAUUUGUUUGCAGAGCAAUGGUACAGCUGUGUAGCUUCAACUUCUGCAUGUUUUCUGGUGUUGUCUAGUUUAUCUGCUUCUCUACUAUUUCUGCAUAAUUGGUAGUUGCCAGAUAACCUAGUACUUUCUUCUUCUUCUUCUUCUUCUUCUUCUUCUUCUUCUUCUGUUAUUGUGUGUGGUAAUGUUUGGCGUGCACAGCUAAUUGACCAUACACUGCACCUCAAAGUUUGCAAUGGUUUCAACAUGACAGCUACAAUAAUAUCUGCAUUAUUUUUCUGUUGCUCUGAAGCUUGCAUGUUAUUGUGACACAUACAUCUGUGACAGAUUGUGCUGCAUUUCCCCUGCUAACCUGCACUUAUGCCACAGUCUAACAGAGGUUAGGCCCUAUCUGUGUCCAUCAUUCUGGUGGUCAUUAUUGUCACUCAUGUCCACUGAAAAGCAGCUUAAGGUACCAGUGAAUGAAGCUAGACUAGUUGUUUUGCUGCAAACUUGCAUGGCAUUCUGCAUCAUGACAGACACACUGUGCAGUGUAGCCUAACUAACAGACAUCUAAACUUCUGAAGCAUAUCUCAAGAAGCCCAAAUACAUGUUCAAAAACAGCACCUGCCUGGUUAUGGUUGGCAUUACAAUGAUAUUUCUCUAAAGUAUGUAGAUACUGCACUUGUUUCCUCACUCAUGCCUCAUGAUUGUAUCAUACCCUCACCUACAGUACAGUAAUUAUUUUGUGGGGGUUACUAUGCAUCAGGUAUACAUAUAAUGAAUUUUGCUAUCCCAGGCAUUAUUAACUGUUACACUUGACAACUAGAAACACCUCUGGAAAAUCAUUUGCUGAAUCUGACAGUGAGCUAUCCCAUCCACCAUACUGAAAAGACAUAUUUGCAUUCAACCAUUUGCAUUACAGAGCACAUGGCAGUCCAAAGACUGGUUGGUAUAGAAAUCUCAGUGUAGGCCAUAUGAUACCAUAAUUGUAGCAUGUGUAUAGCCACUGGCAGACAUGGCUGACAGGCUCAAAGUGAAGCCAUAGAAGCUUCUCAUGGUGGUGGUUCUCUCCUGUUGGACUCUCUGCACCAAAAUAAAACCUUCCUUGUCCUGACACAGCAAAUCAAGGAACUUGUCCAGUAUCUUUGAGGCAGGUGCCUGGGAGAUACCCAGAGUAAUCACUUUUGGGUACUGAAUUGCUUGUGACCUCAGCAGUUAAGGCAACACAUAAUAUAGUACCCAGAUGUGUAAGUGAGAUAUGCAUUCCUUCUUUUGCCAUAUGUGGAUGAUAUGGGUAGUCAUUUUUAUUUUACAGUCCACUCUAAAGUGGGCAGUAUUCUGCUGGUGAUUUAGGAUAUGGUAUGUGAGUCAUGGAUGCCAUUGUAGACAAUUUUUGUAGCAGGACAGGUCCUUGUUUUACUUGAGGUAUGUGAAGUUGGUUUAGUUGAACUAAUCUGCUGAAAUUCUUUCAUACCAUGGGUGUCCCCGUGAACCAUGCAAAUAUGCUUGGCCUACAAUGCAGACUGUUUCAGAAUCAUGGCCUCAGAAAUUAUAAUAUAUUAUAAACGUGGAUGUAAGGGACAAAGCUCUAUAUUUCCCUCUGUUAUUGAUUACGGUCUAGUAAUUUCAAGGAAGAUAAUUCAGAAAAUGUAAUAGUAUUCUGCCCAAGUGACACUUACUUAGUAAACAAGGACAUUUUUGCCAGCAAA